AUGGCCGAUUAUCUUCUUUUCGAGAGCCCUAUCGGCUACUCGCUCUUCAAGGUCGCCAUUAAGGGCGAUGUUGUCGGCAACAGCCUGAAGGAGGUCCAGGAGGGUGUCAAUGACCUUGCCAAGUUUGGAAAGAUGAUUGACCUUGCCAGUUUCCUUCCCUUCGAGAACAACAAGCAGGCUCUCGGUGAAAUUAACGAUAUUUCCGAGGGUGUCGCCUCCGAGACCUUGGUCUCUUUCCUGGAAUUGAACCUCCCCAAGCCGAGCAAGAAGAAGAAGGUUGUGUUGGGUCUUUUGGACAAGGCUCUUGCAGGAAGCAUCAAGUCCGCCUUCGACUUCGUCGACUGUGAGACCGGUGAUACCAGCGAGGUUGUUCAGGAUCUCCUCCGUGGUAUUCGUUUGCACUUCACCAAGUUGCUGAAGCAGCUCCGCGAGGGUGACAUUGACACCGCUCAGCUCGGUCUCGGUCACGCCUACUCUCGCGCCAAGGUCAAGUUCUCCGUCCAGCGCGAUGACAACCACAUUAUCCAGGCCAUUGCCAUUCUUGACCAGCUCGACAAGGCUGUUAACACUUUCGCCAUGCGUGUCCGUGAAUGGUACUCGUGGCACUUCCCCGAGCUGAUCAAGAUUGUCUCUGACAACCAGCGCUACGCUGAGGUUGCCCUUUUCGUCAAGGACAAGAAGAACCUUAACGACGAGCGCCUGCAUGACAUUGCUGCUCUUGUUGAGGAUGACAAGGAUGUCGCCCAGAACAUCAUUGAUGCCGCCAAGCACAGUAUGGGUCAGGAUAUCUCUGACGCCGACAUGGAGAACGUCACCGCUUUCGCUGAGCGUGUCGUCAGCCUUGCCAAGUACCGCAAGUCUCUGUACCAGUACUUAGUCUCCAAGAUGAGCGUUGUCGCCCCUAACCUUGCUGCUCUUAUCGGUGAGGUCGUUGGUGCUCGUCUGAUCUCCCACGCCGGUAGCUUGACCAACCUCUCCAAGUACCCCGCCUCCACUGUUCAGAUUCUCGGUGCCGAGAAGGCUCUUUUCCGUGCUCUGAAGACUAAGGGCAACACCCCCAAGUACGGUCUGCUGUACCACUCUUCUUUCAUUGGCCGUGCUGGUCCUAAGAACAAGGGUCGCAUCUCUCGUUUCCUUGCCAACAAGUGUUCCAUUGCUUCCCGUAUCGAUAACUUCUCUGAGGAGCCAUCGACCAAGUUCGGUGAGGCUCUGAAGCAGCAGGUUGAGGAGCGCCUGGAGUUCUACGCUACUGGUGCUGCCCCUACUAAGAACGAAGUUGCCAUGAAAAACGCCAUGGAUGCCGUUCUGGCCGGUAUGGAUGUGGAUGCCGACGUUGACGGUAGUGAUGACGAGAUGGAGGAUGCCUCCCCCAAGAAGGAGAAGAAGGAGAAGAAGGAGAAGAAAGAGAAGAAGGAGAAGAGCGAUAAGAGCGACAAGAAGAAGAAGAGAAAGUCUGAUGUUGCUGAGGCCGAGCCUGAGAAGAAGAAGAAGCGCAAGCACGACACCGAUGCGGAGCCUUCUAAGAAGAAGCAGAAGGCAUAA